UAACCUGCUUAACAGUCUUCUUUUGUUAACUGUUUCAUGUCCAGGAAGCUGUACUGGACUGACGGAAAUAACAUCAGCAUGGCCAACACUGACGGCACGAACCAUACUGUGAUCUUCACCAAUCAGAAAGGACCAGUGGGUCUGUCUAUAGACUACGACACGGAGCACCUGUACUGGAUCAGCUCAGGAAACAGCACCAUUAACCGCUGUAAGCUGGACGGGUCAGGGCUGGAAGUGUUAGACGCAGUCAAAGGCAAACUCAACAAAGCCUCUGCGCUGGCUAUCAUGGGUGAUAAGCUGUGGUGGGCGGAUCAGGGCACGGAUGAGAUCGGCACCUGUGAUAAGAGUGAUGGAGGAGACUGGAAGGUCUUGAGAAACAGCACAUCUCCCAUGAUGCACAUGAAGAUCUACAAUGAGACCGUGCAGACAGGUUCAAACAUGUGCAGUAACAACAAUGGUGACUGCUCUCAGCUGUGUCUGCCCACGUCUCCCUCCACCCGCUCCUGCAUGUGCACCGCGGGAUACAGCCUGAGGAGCGGACAGCAGUCCUGUGAGGGUGUGGGUUCAUUCCUGCUGUACUCUGUUCAUGAGGGCAUUAGAGGAAUCCCGCUGGACCCCGCUGACAAAUCCGAUGCCCUUGUACCGGUUUCAGGCACAUCACUCGCCGUCGGGAUUGAUUUUCAUGCCGGUGAGUCUCAAAUCUCCUGAUUUAUAGUGCAGAUG